UUUGCUUGCUCUUCAGUGAUUUCUCUAUCUCUAAAUUUCUAUUCUAAUAAUAGUGGAUUACUUCAUUUCUGUGCAUCUCAUGUAGAAAAAAAUUGUUAAACAAACAAAUUUAGAACAAUGCGGUUCUCGUGACAUCAUGAAAAAGGACAUGCAUGCAAUUGCAAAUCUUCUCCUUCUUUUGUAUUUCGCCCAAAAACGUCGAGUGAUUCCAUGCCUGAAUGAAUAAACUUUAUCCAGUACAAAAUGGCUACUGAAGCUGAUCAUCAAAUGAACGUCACACGUAAUCUCCAAGAUAUCAGUCCUACCUUUCUAUCCCAGAAAUAUGCGAAAAGAUAUCAAAAGUACAAAAACAAGGAGAAAAUUCUGUCCAGCUAUGAAGCCGAUCUAUUUGUCUCCUCGCUACCAGUCCAGCUAGAUAAUGUUGAUCAAUAUUAUUAUUAUUAUGAAGAUGAUGUAAUCAAAAAAGCGAUACCAAAGAAAUUCCCACUGAAAUCAACAAGCCUUCAGAAUUCACACAUACAGUCGAAGAGCACCUUUCCAUUUUCCACAUAUUGUGGUUGUUGUUGCUGCUGUUGUGAUUGUUGCCAUACUCCUACUCAAAAUAAUCAUAAUAAUAAUAAUAGUAAUAUUAAUAGUCAUAAUGAUAAUAUCGAUGACGGUUAUUCAUCAACAAUAAAAAAGUGUUUUAGUUCAACAAAAUUCCAACAUAUUUUACAUCAUGUAAUUCUAAUCCUCUUGGCUAUUUCAACAGCUCUGUCUAUCCUACUAUUAUUGCUAGGCAUAUUUUUAAAUUGUCGUGCUUGUCUAACCACUGGCUGUAUCUUGGGCAUAGCGAGUUUCGGUGCUCUCUUGCACGGAUGUCUACGACAUCGUUCACUGCCGAAUUCAUCGAUGCCAAUUAUGCUAAGCGCAUCGUGUAUCAUCUAUCCUCCUAUAGGGGAUCAUUUGUCACUGACGCCGAAUCGAUUUCUUCGGAAACACUCUAGUCCUGAAUACUUUCAACAACUGCAACAACAACAACAACAACAAAAGUACCGUGGACAUCAAUAUCGUCUGAAGACUAUAGAUAACCCUCAUCAUUAUUAUUAUUAUCAUUGCAAUAAUAAUAGUAAGAGUAAGAGUAAUAACAGUUGUCAUUGCACUAAAACUUAAUAAUAAGAAGAAUAAUUUCAAUCGAUCAAACGGAAUCAACCAAGCACAAACUGAAAUUAAUGAGGUCAGUGGGAAUCAAUUUAAAAAGGUGGAAGACACCGAAUCUUCGAACAACUCAUCACUGUCAUCAUCACCAUCAUCAACAGCAUCAACAGAAUCAGCUAUGUCGACCAUCUCAGCGUCAGUUACAACUGUAACAAUACAAUCCGUAAAGCACCAUGGUGAUAAUAAUAAUAAUGACACUUAUAAGUCUACUAAUGAACAUAACAGUAAGUCAGUGAAUUCGGGGGGUUGUAAACAGUGUCCUGUUAGCUCAUAUCCCAAGCACAAUAAAAAAGUGAAUAAACUCAAAAACUGUAUGAAAUAUCAAACUCAGGGAUCAUGUAGAAAUGCUGAAUGGUCUUCAGACAAAGACAAUUGUACGCAAGAAGACAAUGAACAGUUAUCAGAAGACGAAACUGGGGUCAAUGGAGAAAAAGAAGAAGAAGAAAACGUCGGAGAGGAACCUGAAGAGAUGAGCAAAUUUCAUUAUCGAAACAAACACUACGUUGUAUGAUAGACACUCUCAC